GCUUGCCGUGACUUGAACGCUGCCCCAAGGAGGGUCAGAGCCAAAGAAAGCAUCGUCACAGAAGGGUCAAUUAGUGCACAGAGUAAAGCGAUCUUGUUUUUUUUUUUUUAACCUAUUCAAAGGAUCAACUCAACAACAAGCAAAGGAAGAAUCAGCUUGACACCAAAACGAUCGCUCAAGACCAAAAGGACUCACAGGAACACAGAAACAUACACCUCUACUACUCGACAUUUAUACCAUCACAUAUCAUUAUCACAUCAUGUCAAGGAGGAAACAAGCACCUAGCGACAUUCUGACUGAGGUCCCAGAGCUCGAGGAGGGCCAGCGUUUCGCAAGAGUGCUCGGUAGUAGAGGCAAGAACGUCCACGAGGUCCAAUUCCUAGAGGGUCAGGAGCUCCUCGUCAACCUGCCUCCCAAGUUCAGGAGUCUUGUCUGGGUGAAGCGAGGAAGCUACGUCAUUAUCCAACCAGCAGAAGAAGAGGACAAGACCAAAGUCGAAGGAGACAUUGUAGCAGUCCUUUUCCCUGACCACAUCAAGCAGUACAGGCAACAGGGGAUCUGGCCAUUUGAGGAUCAACUCACAAACAGUACAAACAAUGGUUUGGGCGACUCUGAUGAUGAAGACGGAAGUGACGACAGCGACGACGAUCUGUUUGUGAACAACAACCGAGUUAUCAUUGAGGAGACGGACAGCGAAAGUGAAAGUGAGGAAGAAAGCGAAGAAGACGACGACGGCGAGGAGGGACAGAAAAAAUAGACAUUGGCUCAAAGUUGACACAAAUCAUUUAUAGACACAUCCAGCAUUAUAAUAUAAUACAUCUUCCUC